UUGACCCUUAACCAAUUUGGCAGAAUGUUUAAAAAGUCGAAUAAAAUUAAAAAAUGGAAUAUUUACAUGGCCAUUAGGGAGUGGGUGUUUUUGGGGUAAUGGUCGUCAGCAUUCCAACGAGCAUGGCACACAGACAUAUUUAUAAGGGAGAAAGCAGAGAGAGAUAAAGAGAGCGUCCAGAAAGUCGGGAGAGAAAGCGGAGAGAGAGCGGCGCAUGCGCAGAUACCCGGAUUUUGCGCAGCAGCCCUGCUGUGAGAUGAAUUGUAGCGAAAUUUGACUUGCCAAUUCGCAACCCGUAUCUGUAUCUUUAGUACGGAUUCUUCGCGUGGCGAGAAAACCUCUUCCCGGCUCUUGUGUCUUCAGGACUUUCGUUUGCGAUUUAUAAUUAAAUCACAGCAACUCGGGACAGACCGAAAAAACGGAGAGAAAAAACCGAAAGAAAAAAAAAAAGAAUUCGGGGAGUUAAAAAAGAAAACACCAACUGCAGUGGAGAGCCAAAUCAUUUUUAUUGACAUUCAUCUUAGUUGCUGUCGCCCGUCGUCUGUCACUGUCGCUUUAUCCCUCGGUACACCCCAAAACCCACUUUAAAACCCUGAGUUCCCCAAUUCCCGGUGCUCGUGUGUCGCGUGUUGCAAGUGCGUGGGUCUCCCAUCAAAUCACUGGAUAUAUCAAGCGGUACGACACGCGCGUUAUUUUUGAUUUUUCGCUCAACGGCACAGAAAUUGGGUCUCGCUAAAAAGGACGGAAAAUCGUUUGAAAUAAAGAAUUUACGGGAAAAUAUACGGAAAAUCGGGUACACACACACGCACUUACGUAUUGUGUUUAAUGCAUUUGGCCCGUUGGCCCAAGCUAUUCGGUGAUAUGUAAAUUAUGCCAAAUUCUAUUGGAAUUUUUGUCAACGCCAGUGAAUUGGUAAACAGCAGCCGCUCGACGAGGAGGAAGAGCGGGACGCAGGACGCAGGUCUAAACCAACGGCAAUAAGGACAGGAGCAACAGCAGCAGCAGCAACAACAAAAAAGGAGUUUUUUUGGGCACUUCCUUUGAGUCAUCACUGCCGUUAAGCACUAUUUAAGAAUUCUUAAAAGGAUACCAGCAGCAGGAGCAGGAGCAGAAGCGUCGAGAAGGACCAACUUUCCACUCGAAGCGAAUUAAAAGAAAAGAACUCAGCCCAACUGGAGGAGGAGCACACAAAACGGCAAAAUCAAUAGUGCCCAAGAAGUGUGGCCAAAGUGCUGAGUAAUGUGGAGUAAUGGAGACCUUUUUGCUGGCGGCGGCAACAUGAUGUGAAACAUGGCAAUCGAAUCAGCCAAAGCCAUUUAGGGUCAUCAAUUGCCAGGGUCGUGGAAAAUCGGCAGCAGGAGCUCCGAACGAAGCCAUAUGCAUCGCAGCAUGGAGUGCAGGAGGACCAGGACCCCGAAGGCUCUGCCAGUCUGCUGGAUGCUGCUGUGCCUGGUGGCCUGGACUUUGGCAGAUGACUGGUCGCUGAGCUGCGCCUCCAACUGCACCUGCAAGUGGACCAACGGCAAGAAGUCGGCCAUCUGCAGUUCCCUGCAGCUGACCACCAUUCCGAACACCCUAAGCACGGAGCUCCAAGUGCUGGUGCUAAAUGACAACCACAUACCAUAUCUCAACCGGGAGGAAUUCUUCACCCUGGGUCUGUUGAACCUGCAGCGCAUUUACCUCAAGAAGUCCGAGGUGCAGUACAUACACAAGGAGUCGUUUCGGAAUCUGAAGAUCCUGGUGGAGAUCGACUUGUCGGACAACAAGCUGGAGAUGCUCGACAAGGACACCUUCAUGGGAAACGAUCGUCUGAGGAUACUGUAUCUGAAUGGGAAUCCCCUCAAGCGCCUAGCUGCCUACCAGUUCCCUAUUUUGCCCCACCUGCGCACCUUAGACAUGCACGACUGCCUGAUCUCCUACAUUGAUCCCAUGUCCUUGGCCAAUCUCAAUCUGCUGGAGUUCCUCAAUUUGAAGAACAACCUCCUGGAGAGCCUGAGCGAGUACGUCUUCCAGCACAUGGCCAACUUAAAGACGCUCUCCUUGGAGGAGAAUCCCUGGCAGUGCAACUGCAAGUUGCGAAAGUUUAGGGGCUGGUAUGUUAACAGUCGCCUGAGUUCCGUGAGUCUGGUGUGCAAGGGUCCUCCGGCACAGAAGGAUCGUUCCUGGGACAGUGUGGAUGAUGAGCUCUUUGGCUGUCCACCGAGAGUGGAGAUCUUCAACAACGAAGAGGUGCAGAAUAUUGAUGUCGGAAGUAACACCACCUUCAGUUGCCUGGUUUAUGGGGAUCCCUUGCCGGAGGUCGCCUGGGAACUGAACGGAAAGAUCUUGGACAAUGACAACGUGCUCUUCGACUCGGAGAGUAUCUCCUCGGACAAGUUGUGGAGCAAUCUCACCGUACUCAAUGUGACUAGCCUGGAUGCUGGAACCUACGCCUGCACGGGUUCAAAUUCCAUCGGCAGUAUGACGCAGAACAUCAGCAUUUACCUGAGCGAAAUCGUUCAGCAUGUCCUGGAGAAGACACCUGAGACGUUCUGGUACUUCGGCCUUAUCAUGGGCAUCUUCGGAACCGUCUUCCUGCUGAUCUCCAUCUCGUUUGUGGUCUGUCUGUGCAAACGCACCACCCGGCAGCAUCGCCAUGCCAACAAGGCGGGUGUGAAGUCCAGCGUGAGUUUCAAUGACCAGGAAAAGAAGCUGCUGGACUCGAGUGUCACCACCACCACCAAUGAUCGAGGUGACAGCUAUGGCAUCGACAACCAGCCCACAUCCAUUGGUCUGAACAAGGCGGACUCGGCCGGAAUGGGCUUCAACCAGAUAGAGAUCCAUGCGGUGGAGAGUCAUCGCCAUGGGAGUAUGUUGGUGCAGCAGCAGCCGCAACAGCAGCAGGUUGCAGGAGGUCCUGGCAUGCGGCAACAGCUGAUGCAGGUCAAGGAUCCCACCUGCGGCAUGAUGAGUGUGCCCACAUCGAUGGCUGGCCAUGCCCACUCGCAUCCCGCCCAGAUUUCCGAAGAGUUUCCCCUAAACGUAGGCGUUUUUCCACCGCCACCAGAGUUCUGCUCGAACAUAGUACCGAAUCCGGCCUUCGGGGGGAACAUAUUCAUAAGAGUAUCCGUUACCCAGGACAUGCUGGACGGUGCGGACUUAAACAUGUAUCCGGAUCUGCUGAAUAUUCCCAAAAGAAUGCAGGAUGUGCAGGAGACGGGUGCUGGUACAGUGGCCGUUCCAGAGGGUCAGUUUGCUACGUUACCCAGGCACGCAGCCAGGAGGGGUAUACUGAAAAAGGACACCUCUUUGCAGCAUCAGCAGCAGCAACAUCAGCAGCAGCAACUCCAGCAGCAGCAGCAACUGCAACAGCAGCAGCAGCUCCAACAGCAACACCAGCAACUGCAACAGCAACAUCAGCAAUCCGGACUCUAUACUCAUGACGAAAUCGUGACCUACAACCUGGAGGCCAGUGGCUAUGACCCCCACCAGUCCGCGUACCACACCAAUGCUCUGGAGCUGCCACCACCGCCGCCGCCGCCCGCCGUCACAGCGGUGGUGCAGUGCCACCACCCGAGUCCCAGCAACUGUGCCACCUGCAUCAGCAGCGCGUCGCCGCAGCCCUCCGCCUGCCAAACGCCGCCCAUCGAGGUCACGCCCAUGCGGCCGCUGGACAGUUCCGCCUACCCCAAGUACGACAACAUGGGACGCAGGAUCACGGCAAGCGGCGGACUGGGUGGCUCCACCCUCUCCCUGCCCGAUGAGGAGCGGUACGAGAACGAGACGCUCUUCGGCCAGGCGGAGGGUCCAUCCAAGGGAAUGCCCGAGCAGUCGCAGGAUCUCCACCAGCCGCAGGAGGCGACUCAAGGCCAGGACAAGGGUGGCGGUCCUGGCGAGUUCGUGUCGCUCUAGUAUUACGGUACCCAGGUGUAAAUAGGUCAAUAGAUUCGUGUUCCCCACAACCUCUGGGAAAUCCUUGGCAAUCGUUUUGUUCAUAUCAGUUUGAGAAGCGAGUGCCCAAAACGAAAAUAUGUAUAUGUAGAACCCCACACAAUCUAUGGACUGCAUCACAGCAUCCUGAAACACUAAAAACCAAUGAGCAAUUCACGCCAAAUCAAAAGGGUAUAUGGACAGGACUGUUUGGGUUUUCAUUUUGAAGGAUUUUUCAAAUUUUAAUUGCCGAUCCCUCAAAAUUCUUUUCACGUAUGUAUUGUUUAUUUAUUAUUAUUAUUUGGUAUAUAUUUGAAAUUAUUUAUGGUUUUAUAUUAUUUAUGAUUUAUAUUAUUAUCCUUCAUCUUUUUUAAGUGUCAUCCAAAAGAAACCAACAUAUUAUUUUCGCUCCUAAUAUCUUCUUUUAAAUUAGGUUUGCUUUAAUCUAAGAUAAAAAUGGAUCCCUCAUAUUUUUCGGUUAUUUAUUUAAAUCAAAAUUUGUAAAAUUGAAAACCCAAUUAUUACUGACAGAAAACUCCAAUCAAAAUCAGAGAAUUUAAGAAUGUUAAGUUAACAGCGAGGCAAGCAAAGAUUACAAAUAUUUUCCAUUCGGAUCGCACUCUCAGACUAGAUACCGUUAAAGUCAAUACUUCUGAUAUUUAUAGUGUACUCCAUUAGAGAUCUCCAUACUGUCCCAAUCCUAGUUAGCAUUCGAUAGUAGUCCACUUGAAGUCUGUAAAUUUAUAGAGAUCGAUAGCGAUGUAUUCUAGAAGGUAUAGCGACCAAAACUGAUCUUCAUAAGGUGUAUAAGUAUGAUUAAUCGCAUAUUAUUGGAUCCAUAGCUGGUCGAGUCUUAGACAUAUUGCUUCUGGGGUGCUAGAGUUUUCGUGGGAGUAUCCAUUAACGUUUUAGAGAUCAGACACUGAAUAGGAUUAAAAUUAAUUUUGGAAGGGAUGAGAAGCAUAAACUAUGAUAUCUCUAGAUAUGCAUCUAUAUAAAAUGUUAGCCAGAUCUUUAUGACCCAUAUACAUAUAUGCCCAUAUAACCAUAUUCGAUGUGCAGUGGAUAUAUAAAUACUUUAUCUAGUUUUUAGCCCCGUAAAAUAGUUCCUUUCUUGUACAUAUGUAAAUGUUUUCCCAACUGCUUAGGGACUUUUAAAUCAAAAUAAUUUAAUGCUAACUAACUAAAAAGGUGAACGUCAUGCCAAAUGUUUUUAAAGUCUGUUUUAACCUGUUAGCCUCAUGCGAUUUUUUAGACCUGUUAGAGCUAUUUUCGAUUAUGAAACCGUAGGAUUUGCUGAACACUUAGUACCUUUGAUUUAGUCAAUCUUAAAUUUAGACCACAUCUUCCGAACAUACAGAAUACAACACUUUCAGUUUCUCCUCCCAGUUUCCCACUCGAAAUCCUGUAAGCUAAAUCUAGUACACUAUCUUUAUAAAUAUCUGCAUAUGUUUGUACUUGUGUGUAAUCUGAAUGUAGAAAGAAAUGAAAUACAAAUACGACCUAAGUGAGGCUAUAUCGAUGUGUAUAUCUUAUAUAUAGUAUAUAUGUUCAAACAUUUAUCGAUAUCUAUAUAGAGGAGAGAGCACACAAGAACAGAGGCCGCAUUAAAUGGAUUUUUUGUGUCUGUAGAAAGUUUCAAAUUCGAGCUUGGUAAUGUAAAAUGUAAGCUAUAGAAGUCAAUAUAAGUACACAAUAAAUUCUACUUACAUGACCACGCCCACUCACCGCCCCCUCCGCCUGAUGAAUGUGUGUGUGUGUGUGUGUGCGUAAUAAUUAAACACAUGAAUGCAAUGAAUUACUAUAAUAAUUAUGGGAAAGUAUGCUGGCAAAUAUUUGCACAACUUCCAUGAGAUUUUUACCCCUUCACCCCGUAGUUACCCCUUUUAUUUGUUUUAUCGCUGUUGCUGUUUAAUGUGUGUUGAGUGCCGAGCGAAGGGAUUUUUGUAUUUUGGUAUUAUGAACUGAACCAGAGCAAAUUUGCACGGCGCACACAAAACACGGCAAACAGAACAUUCUAGUUUAAACUGAAUUCCCCCGUUUUCCCUGCGUACCUCAUUUUUGACAGCGCAGAAUGAAUGAUUCAAUCAAAGCAUUAUUUGUCCGCUCUAAUGGACGGGAUCUGAAUCUGAAUCCGAAUCUGAAUCUGACGGGAGGACCCUGUACAUAGGCCAUUUUAAUUACAUCAUACUCGCGCGGACAGAGGCAAUAUUUUAUUCAUUUUAAAUCGUUUUAACUAAUUAAAACCAAAUGGAAACCGCCAACAGAGCGAGAGCAAAAGACAAGUGUAAACACGCAAAUAGAGUAAUGGGUAAUGAGAGCCCCGACUAGAGGAAAUUUAAACUAUGCUUUUAACUACGAUUCCCAUUUCCCACGACCGCCACGCGUUUUUUCCGCACGGAGAUGGAAAACGUAACUAUGAUUUUAAUUACUCUGCUCAAACGCAAAUGGGAGGCACACACAGAUGCAGAUACCUAGAUGCGAAAUGUAUCUGCAUCCGAGUAUCUGCAUCUCUGGUCGGAGCAUGUGGCAUCCAUUGAAGGGCCAAAAAAGCGGUUAAAUUAACUUUUUAUGAGCGCUGCGAUGUGCUGCUAAAAUAAUUAAAUUCGAAUGAUGAAUAGUAGUAACAAAUUUUGUACAAUACCAUAAAAAACGCAUUGAAUAUUGCAUUUUAACUUGAAUUCCAUUCGAAAACUGAAAUUAGUCAAAUCCUACCAGCCACACAGAAUCCAUCAUGAACGUGCACACUUGUAUACUCGUAUACGCAUUUAUAAAUACAAAACAUCCCGACAGGACACGACUACAGUCGUCGACAGGAAACACGGAUACGGACUCGGACAUGACAGACCGGAAUAAACGAACAUUUAACAAACAAUAUAACCGAGAAUACAUUGUAAUAGCAUUAAUAGAUUGUCAAGCUUUAUUACACACUAUAUUAACAUAGAUGGAAUAAUAAUAAUUAUUAUUAUUACAGUAAUAAUACGAGUAACAGGCGAACACAAAGAGAAAUAUGAAUAAAUUUAAUAAAA